UGCUGAUUAUGCGAUGUGUUUUGCAACACUAGGCCGUUUCAUUGGAGUGUGUCGCCACGUAAAAGUUUCGAAAUUUUGAAAUAGCACUAUAGUUAAUACAUAAUUAUUAAACUAAAUAUGGCUCCAACGCAGAAGGGAAAACAGGGCACGAAAGGUGCGAAGCAAAUCGUCGAAGAAAACAAGACCACAUUAGCAUUUUAUCGGAACAUGGCCAUUGGCUGCGCUGCACCUGCUCUCCUAUUGAGCUUUCUAGUCUUCGAGUUCACCAAAGUCACAAUUUUCAUGUACAUUCUUUCGUUGGCGAUUCUUGGAGGUGCGUACCAGUUCAUGGCGUUCAUGUCGCAAGCAAAAUACUCUGACACCGGUGCUCUAGUUGACUCAGGCAACGAUCUGAACAUGGAGGGCGGCAUAGCGGAAAAUGUCAAGGAUCUGAUUAUCCUUACGUCUGGCACGUUACUGAUGGCUCUCAUCUCGAACUACUUCUGGCUGGUGCUGCUGCUGGCCCCCAUACGAGCAGGCUGGAUGCUCUGGGGCUCCUUCAUAAAGCCAUGGCUUGCCCAGCGCAACGCCCAAGAGGAGCCCGAGCUGGACGAGAAAAAGCAAAAGAAAAUGGAGCGGAAGAUGCGUCGCAUGAGAUAGGAGACAGCAGCAUAACUUUCAGUUCACUAUCGGUUGAGGUGUCCUCUGGGGCCGGCUUAAAUAUGUUUAAAUGAGAUUUUACGCUUAGAUAUUGCCUAGGACCAUGUAGAUGUGUGUGUGCGUGUGUGAUCGUUUCCAAAUGAUCCAAAAAUGUUCAGCAAAAGACAAGAGACAAUCCCCGCUAUUUCAGCUACGUGAAGCAUUUGUGCGAUUUAAUUAUUUGGUGAAAAUUUUAUCCGAGUGAACAAACCAGAACAACAGCUUUAUAGAACGCAACAACGCAUUAACCACCUCUGUAGGAAAUGGCCCACAGACUACUACUAAAUAUAAUUAAUUAAUUUGUUCUGCGAACGUUCAUCCUGUCGUGGUGUGUGCAUUGUAAAUACAUUUACAUUACGAUAUAUUGUUUAUAAAUAAAUGUGUGCUUGAGUGCAGCAGGAACUAGUG